AUGAAAUUUUAUGAUGACGAUAGUUUGAAAGAAUUGGAAAAACAGUUGGAAGAGUCUACAAGAGCUCUGGACAAGAAAAAAAGGCAAGUUAUUGCCAGAAAUAACACCAUUAAACGCCUUGAAAUAUCCUUAGGAGAGAAAGAAAAGCUUCUGUCCGAAAUGCAAAAGCUACCCAAGGAGGCUAAUCUGAGAACUAAGGAAGAAUUGAAAACGUUAAGAAGACGACUCGUCCAAGCUUAUAAAGAGAGAGAAGAGACUAAGGAAAUGAUGGCUAAAAUGGACGGGACACUUGAAGAAACCAGGAUGGAGCUUGACAAGUUAAAGAGAGAGAACGAUAAGAAAUCCGCCAAAUUUCUUAAAGAACUACAAGAAGCAAGGGCAGAAAUCGAAGCAGAAAAAGAAGAAGCGAAGAAGAAAGACGGGCGCAUUCAGUCUUUGGAGGGGAAGUUAAAUUCUAAGCAGCUUAGGAAUGCCUGUUUACAAACAAAGCUGGACAAUGAGAAGAGAAAUGUGUUAGAAAAAGAAAAAGCUGUUGAAGAGGCGAGUAAAGAAAUGUGUAAUGUGCGAAGCGCGUCAACGAUUGAGCUUGAUGAGACGAAAACGCGCCUUGCUUCUAUGGAUGGAAAAGUUAAUGAACUAAAAGAUGAACUUUCUGCUGCGCACGAGACGACUUCACGAUUGCAAACUGAAAUUCAAAGAUAUGAAAGCCAAGUUGUACCAGCUCUUGAAAAUAAAGUGAGAUCGCUAGAAGAAGGAAUGACACGUAGUGAUGAGCGGAAAAAGCUACGAGACACGCGCGCAAAAUGGCCUCGAGGUAACGUUGCAGAAGUCGUUCUUCACCUCCAUACUUCUGAUCAAGUUUCUGCAGGGCAGUUUGGUAUUGUUUAG